GUGGUUGGCGAGGAUAAAAAUCAGGCAGCCGCACGUAUCAAUGAAGGCGUUUGCACAUCCACACUCGCCUAGCCUGGUUCCAUUCUCCGGCUCCAGGCAGCGGUCAUAGUCCGACAUGAGGUUGCUGCAGCCGGCGUGGAGCUCCUGGAUCCCCCGCUGUCUCCUGCUCGUCAUCUGCGCUCAUGUACCUGCGUCCACGGACGGGAACCUGCGGCCGUGCGUCGAUACGGAUUACUACUACCAAUAUACAGAAUGUGACAGUACUGGGUCAAGAUGGAGAGUCUCCAUACCAGUCAGUCCUGGUUCCUGUGGAGAUCUUCCACCACCAAGCAGAGGAACCGACUGCUCGUUUUCCUGUCCAGCUGGCAAGUACUUAGAGAUGUCCACGCAGCAGUGUACACCGUGUUCUGCCGGCUCAUACUCGCUGGGCAGCGGCCUCCGUUUUGACCAAUGGGAUGCCAUUCCUGCCAGCUUCACCACCAUCGCCACUUACCUGGACCCGAGGCCGUCUGGAGAUCGUGUUCAGGCCUGCAACAGCUCAUCGUGGACGCCCCAGGGAUUGUAUCUGGAAUCGAACCGCGAUGAGUGCACAGUGUCACUGGUCUACGCCGUCCAUCUGGAGAAACAGGGUUAUGUCUCCUUCACCUACCAGUAUCCAGACAACAACAUCUUCUUCGAGUUCUUUGUUCAGAAUGAGCAGUGCCAGGAGAUGGCUCAGACUGAUGAGCAGAGGUGGAUUAAGGGCACCAAUGAUGGGGAAUGGAACACUCACACGGUCAAUCUGAAGUCCGGGACGAACGUCAUGUACUGGACCACCACUGGUAUCCUGGUGGGUGGGAAGAAGGUCAAACCUGUGCUGCUGCGGAACAUUCAAGUUGAUGGUGUAGCCUACACAUCUGAGUGUUUUCCGUGCCGACCCGGGUGGUUCAGUCCCUCUCCCGGUGCUUCGUCCUGUCAGCCCUGUCCCACCGACACCUUCUCCACCAAAGGGGCCUCCUCCUGCACCGCUUGCCCUGAAAACCAGUACUCACAGGAGGGCUGGGCGGAGUGUAAGGUGAGACCGCCAUGCUCGGAGAACGACUACUUCCAGAUACAUUCAGCCUGUGACAGCGACGGGAAGACCCAGGUUUUGUAUCAGUGGAUGGAGCCAAAGAUCUGCCUUGAGAACGUCACCGGCGCGGUGCAGCUGCCUGCUUCAGGACAAAGGGAGGACUGCCCACCUUGUAACCCCGGAUACUUCAACAGCAAGGACUCCUCCUGCACGCCAUGUCCUCCUGGGUCACACUCAGACGGCACCUACGCUUGUACCCCAUGUCCCGCUGGCACUGAACCAGUGUUGGGUUAUGAGUACAAAUGGUGGAACGUGCUGCCACCACACAUGUCGACGUCCUGCUUCAACGUUGGAAACUCCAAGUGUGACAACAUGAAUGGAUGGGAAGUUGCCAGCGACCACAUCCGAAGCGGAGCAGGCGCUUCUGAUAACGACUAUCUUGUCCUCAGCCUGCAUGUUCCUGGUUUCAAGGUCCCGGCCUCGCUGUCAGGAAUGACUGGAAAUGAGUUUGGCCAGAUCACAUUUGUGUUUGAAACCAUCUGCUCUGCUGACUGCGAACUCUACUUCAUGAUGGAUCUGAACAGUAAAACUACGACAGUCGUGGAGGCCUGGGAAGGUUCCAAGGGGAGACAAUCUUUCGUACACAGUCUGACGGGAAACUCAUCGGUCACUUUCAAAUGGGCUUUUCAGAGGACUAACCACGCACUGGACGUGCGUCAGUUCGUCAGCGAUGUGGUGAAGCUGUACUCCAUCAGUGUCACAAACGUCCUGGAUGGCGUUGCCGCUUCCUGUCGCGCCUGUGCCCUUGUACCCCAGAAUUCCCAACGGGCUGGCUCCUCUUGCGUCCCGUGUCCUGCUGGAUUCUACAUCGACCAGUCCACUAACCGCUGCCUGGAGUGUCCUCCCAACACUCACCUGGCAGGGCGACACACCUACGGCCAGGACGCUUGUGUACCCUGUGGACCUGGAAGCAUUGGCAACAAGGAACAUUCCCGCUGCUACAGUGACUGCACAUUCUCGUACGCUGAGAACAACCGGACGUUGUCCUUUGAUCUCAGCGCUUUGAGUGAUGUAGCCUCACUCACCAUUGGACCCAGUUUCACCUCAAAAGGCACAAAAUAUCUUCAUCUUUUCAACAUCAGCCUGUGUGGCCAUGAGGGAAAGAGAGUGGCGGUCUGCACUGAUAACGUCACUGACAUUUCCAAUAAAGACAAGCAAAGUGAUGCUGCUCAUCUUCUCAACCACGUAGACAGCUUUAUCUGCCAAUCAACCAUCAUUCCUGCAUAUGGGCGGGGCUUCUCGUCCGUCUCUUCCCAAUCCAUCAGCGUUGCAGACGUUUUCCUCGGAGCAACAGUCGACUCAAUCCUAGACGGUAUUGAUGCAGAGCCGGGGUUAUUCCCGAAAGACAGAAAGGAUGUUGCUGACAUCAACUUCUUCUAUAGGUCAACUCAGGCAACAGCAUCCUGCGAACAGGGUCGCAGCACAGUCAUCACAGUUCGCUGUAACGCUAAGAAGUCUGAGCGAGGAGAGAUCUCUGUGCCCACCUCCUGUCCUGCAGGGACGUGUAACGGCUGCUUGUUCCACUUCCUGUGGGAAAGUUCCAGUGCCUGUCCACUCUGCACCGAAGACGACUACCACCAGAUAGAGGGAGCGUGCAAAGGUGGACUGCAGGAGACACUUUAUGUGUGGAAUGAGCCAAAGAUUUGCAUCCGUGGCGUCCCCCUGCCUCAUAGAAGCUCCGCCCACUGUGAGACCAUCGCUCUGUGGCUGAAACUAGGCAUCAGUGGUGGCACUUUAGUGGCUCUGUUUCUCGUGUCACUGACCUUCUAUUUCUGGAAGAAAAACAGGAGGUUGGAGUACAAAUAUUCUCGCCUGAUAUCUGCGAAUAAAGAGUGUGAGCUACCAGCUGCGGACAGCUGUGGUCUAGCAGAAGGAGAAGAAAUGGACGACGACGUUGUCUACACCCAGAAGCCGUCACUGCUCGGGAAGCUGAGAGCCAUCGCCAACAAGCAUGAAGACGGAGACAGCAGUGAGUCAGUACAGCUGAACAGCUCCCACUCCCAGUCUGAUGAGUGGGUCCUGGGAUAGAUGGAGUGCCGAGCUAAGAAGAUGAAGCUAUGGGGCAAAAGCUUCUACGAACUGCCCCCAUCCCUUCCUGAAGGGUUCACUCAGGCAGCCCCUGUUUUUUGUUUGGGAUUUGCCAGUGGGAAGCAAGAGAUGCUGGACAAUGACUUUGCUCACCACUAGACAACACAGACAAGGCCUUCUCUUGAAACCCAUGUAGGCAGGAAAUGGGGACAAUGCUUUUUAACGUCUUUUGUAAGUUUUCAAUUUUUUUUUUCUUUUAUGUUAUGGAUUUGUGCAUUUUGGUCUGUGUCACACACUUUUAUUAAAGUUGCAUUUGUCUUUAAAAUGAAUCUAGCUGAACUUGGUCAUUGGUUUUCAAGCAUCUUCUGGUAGCAACCUUGUCAUCCAAUCACCUUUUUAAAGAUCUUGUGCAAAAAAUGCUGUUUAAAUAGCCAUUCAUUUUUACAGUAACACCAAUCCAGGGUGGAAUCAUCUUUAUUUUUUUCAUGAGAUCCUUUUGUGGGCUGCUAGAACACUGUGAUCUUAACUAUCUUGAUUUCACUACCAUAACUGGAGGACAUUCUGUUAAUGGAGUGAUGUAUUCCAUGAUCA